UUGCAUUAUCGAAGCUAAAAGCCCAAAAUUAUGGAUUAUAUCAAAGUGUUAUUUAUGGCAAAACACUCCAUGUCACUUGUCUUCUAUUGUCCUCCCUCAAUUUAAACUCUCUUCAAAAACUAUAGCUUUCCUCAAUUCACAAUACGUUUGUAUUGUCAAAGCCGAAAGCUCGAAAUAAUGGAUCAUAUCGAUGUGUUUUUUUUUGGUGAAACAAUCUAUGUCACAUUUCUUCCAUUGUCCUCCCUCAAUUUAAACUAUCCUUAAAAAUUUACAGAUCACCUCAAUUCACGAUAUAUUUGCACUCUCUCCUCAAAAACUCACAAAUCUCCUCAAUUCACGAUAUAGUUGCUCGAAAUUAUUGAUGAUAGCUAAGUGUUACUUUGGAUGAAACACUCUAUGUCACAUUUCUUCCACUGUCCUCCCGUAAUUUUAACUUUCCUCAAAAACAUCAAAUCUUCAAAAUCAAGAAGCUUGCUACUACGUUUUCUUUAUCUCUUUAUCAUCCUAUAAUUUUUGCUUGUUUUGGUAGCUCCUGAUUGUUCCUUUUUUUCUUUGGUGAGUCAUUCUAACUCUGACUAAAAAAAAACAAAAUUAACCAACAAACUCUAGAAGUUCUAGAUUAUUAGAUAAGACAUGGCAGAGUUUCAGCUUACCGAGGAUAUGACUUUAGAUAGGAGGUUAUGGAUUACAAGGAUCUAGGUAAAAUGUUAGUUAGAUAGUUAAGAGUUGUCUCACUUAUCCUUCCAUUUGCUGCUAGUCAUACUAGUAGUAGUAGAAAUUACUCUUGCUGUUUCUUGGUUACUAGUUGUUGUUGUUUGUAGUUUGAUUAUUGGUAUUAUCUUGUUAUGAAUACUGUUUAGGAUGAUUUGUUAGGUUGUCUAUAGUAUGGUAUCGUGACUUUUUUAGUUUUGUUAUUUCUUUAUUUAUACUGCUUUAGACGGGGUUUUUUCUUGAUCUAAGGUCUAUCGGAAACAACCUCUCUACCUCCAAGGUAGGGGGUAAGGUCUGUGUAUACUCUAACCUCUCAGACUUGUUGUCCAUCUCAAAAAUAACAGGAAAAAAUAAAUGUUUUAUUGCAAGAACAUCUUGAAGCCACUUUUCAUUCUUUACUGUAAACAAUAAAUCCUUAAUAGAUCGAUUUAGCCAGAAUAUGCAGGAACUAGAUCCCUUUUAAUUCUUACAAAAUAUGCAGGAAAAACCUCACCUCACCUGUGUUCCUCUGCGGUCCAAGCAAUCCCUUUUCGUCACUCUACGGUAGAUCUGGGUAAAGCCAAUGUUUUGGCUGAUGGCCUUAAUAGAUUGUCUAUAGGAAGUGUUGCUCAUAUUGAGAAUGAGAAGAAAGAGUUAGUUCAUGAGGUUAAUUCACCAGCUUGCUAGAUUGAGAGUUCGUUGGUUGAUUCAAUCGAAGGUAAUAUCUUGGUUCAGAAUCUUCAUUAAUAGCUGAGGUGAAGGAAAAGCAAGAUAGUGAUCCCAUUUUGCUUAAGUUAAAAGAAGUGGUCAGAAGGUUGAGGUUUUUUCCCAAUAGGGAGAUGGUGUUCUUCAUUAUCAGGGUAGAUUAUGUGUUCUAGAUGUAGAUGACUUGAGAUAAUGCAUGCUAAUAGAAGCUCACAGUUCUCGAUAGUCUAUUCAUCCAGGGGCCCCUAAGAUGUACCAUGAUCUGUGGGAAGUCUAUUGUUGGAAUGACAUGAAGAAGGAUAUCGCUAAAUUUGUGGCUAAGUGUCUGAAUCGCCAACAGGUUAAGGUUGAACACCAAAGACCUGACAGUAUGCUUCAAGAUAUCAGUAUUUCUACUUGGAAGUAGGAAGUGGUGAAUAUGGUCUUCAUUACAAGGUUGCCUUGGGCUCGUCGACAGCAUGAUUCUAUUUGGGUUAUUUUAGACUAGAUGACCAAGUUAGCUCAUUUCCUUCCUGCUAACACUUCAGAUUCAAUCGAGGAUUAUGCUAGACUCUAUAUUAGGGAGUAGGUGAAAUUGCAUGGAGUCCAUUUGACCAUCAUUUCAGAUGGGGUACUCAUUUUACCUCUCGAUUCUAAAAGACUUUUCAGGAGGGUCUUGGUACCUAAGUUCACCUAGUAUGGCUUUUUAUCCACAGAUCGAUGGUCAGGAAGUGAGGAUCAUUCAGACUUUGGGGACAUAUUGAGAGAGAGUGUCAUCUAUUUCAGGUGUAAUGGGAUGAUUAUUUAGAUUGUUGCAUUCUUCGAUAUUUAGAUUGUGGAAAUACUGCCAGGAAUUGAUGGUAAUUGCAUGGAAUCGACAGAAAAAUACUCCCUCUAGAUCUCCCAUGGUGCUCAUAAAACCAUUCGUAGAGCCACUGCUUGAAGUUGUACAAUCAUGGACUCCAAUAUGAUCAGCAAUUGGUAAUGGCAAACUUGCAGUGUUAACGGUAGAACCUACUUGACUGGCUCCAACCAACUGCUUGGUUGUUAGCUCUUCCAAAUUAUACCUAACAUUAUUGAAUGGACAAGUGUACAUUCUGGUGCCACCAGCAGAUGUUGAUGCUUGCAAGCUAAGUGCUGGAAGCUAAGUGUCCUAGUGUCAACCCCACGCCUCGCUCAAGAGGUGCCCUCUGCCGGUAUAGUGACUAGAUGGGUGUACAUUCCGGUGCCACCACCAAUUGAUGGUUGCAAGCUAAGUGUCAAUGCCACGCCUCGCUCCAAAGGUGCCCUCAUAGUCUGGAUGAGUGUACAUUCCAAUGCCACCAGCAUGGUUGCAUGAAAAGUGAUGCAAAUGUCGUAGUGUCAACCCCACGGCAUACUCCAGAGGUGUCCUCUGGCGGUAUAAUGACUAGGUAUUCUACACUCCGUAGGAACUCAACUACACCGGGAAGUGAACUAUUGAACUCGCUACCAACAGCAACACCAAGCGGGAAUUUCUCCGGGUUAACAGCUGAUGGUCCUUCAAUAGCAUCAGUCGUACAUUUUUUUACUGGCCCGGGUAAAGAUAGCAUCCCUGUGUCAAAAGCAUCAGUCACAUAGUCGGUGAUUGGCCACUGUAAUUGUCCUCCACAAGGUCCUUUCAACUCAUCAGAUUUGUGUCCUUGUGAAGGUUCAGCAAGAUCAGCAGCACUACUGACAUCAUGUAUGCUUCUUCUCCUCUUUGCUUUAUUGUUUUCAUUUAAUCGAGUGUAGAACUUCUGGGAAUGGCUUGCCACCUGUGCUGGUGUUCUAGAUAAUACAAAGUUCCUCGAUAUACCCCGCCAAUCACCCUUUCCUUAUUUCCCCAACCCCUGCAGAAACUACCUAAGAAAAGAAAGAAGAUAAAAGAAGUUACUAGCCUUGGAAUAUAAUCCAUGCAAGACAAUAUCUGCUUAAAAGUAAUGCAUCAGUAUAUAGCGAACAUAUCUCUGGGGAACUGAGCAACUUCUUGGCAUUUGAUCAUAUUCAAAAGUUUGUCAUCUGUGAUUUGUUCAAAAUUGAAAAAGGAUUUACAAUUUGUUUGCUUCUAACUGGUGUCCAUUUGAUAAAUAUCCAUCUUUGAUGUUUCUACAACAUUGUUCUUCCACAAGAGACUUUGUGGAAGUUAUUCACCUUUUUGAUUUUUUUCGAAUUACUUGAACAUAUUUGUCUCUCCGGCGAACUAAAUCUUGAGCAUUUCGUUAGAAUUUCAUGCCAAAAUAUCUCAAAAUCAAAUCUUUUGGUACACAAUUUGUUCAGCUUGUGCCUUUCUUUUACUUUAUUUGGUGUGAGGCGAAAGGGAGAUUAAGGAUUUUAAGUUAGUGGGCGUAAAUUUGUUUUACUUUAUGUGGUGCGAGGCGAAAGGGAGAUUUAGGAUUUUAAGUUAGUGGGCGUAAACUUUUUAGAAAUAUGUUUUUCAACUAUAUAGUCUGCACGGUACCAGCGAGUGUGCAUAAGUCGUUGUUGCAUCCUUUAUGUGCAAGGCUAUAUAUCUCUUUCAGAUAUCCUCCUCUUGACUGAUCUCUUAACUAAUAUAGAAAGAUAUGCUUCAUUGUUGUAGUUGUAGUUCAGCUUAACAGCAAUUUUCUUUCGUUGUAUUAUAAUUUUUUAUUGAUAAGAAUGUCAUUUCUUACUGUAUUAAUCUUGCUUAGUUAAUCAGUGACCGUGUCAAAGUCUUGUGUUUGUGUGCCACCUGUGAACUUUGGUUGCUUCCCACCAUAUUGAUGUGCACCUUAACAUCUAGUCUAGAUACAAAAGUCAUGUUUGUGGUCAUUUUGUUUGAGUGUGCCACCUGCCUUUUCUCCUUAACAGUUGCUCACUACUGUAGUUAAAAUCAACAACAACAGGAGUCUCUAUUUAAAUCAAUAGCUGAUUUUAAUAAGAGUUUUGCCGCCAUUCUUUCUGUUAACCAAGUGUCACAGGCUACAGAAAAUCAUAGCCAAAUAUAUAUAUGCGGGCCUUUGUCAUAUAUUUAAGUGAACCAACUUGUUAAAACUCUUCAUACACUUUCCAUAAGUAAUCCAUUUUACAAUAACUCCUCAUAACUUUCCAAAAGCCAAAUUUAGAAAACACUUCGUAAACUUUCCAUAAGUAAGCCAAUUUGGGAAAACGCUUUGUGAAUUUUCCCUUUCGUCUUAAAACGUCUCACUGAAGAUCCAACAAAAUGAGCCUCGACCGAACAUGCAAGAGGUCCUCCUGGACUAAGGAGGAAAACAAAGCAUUUGAAAAUGCCUUGGCUGAUUAUUCUGGAGAUAGAGAUCUAAUUCAGCAGAUUGCUGCUGCAGUUCCUGGGAAAUCUCUUGAAGAAGUUAUCGAACAUUAUCUUGUAUUAGUUGAAGAUAUUAAAGAUAUUGAGUCUGGUAUAGUUCCGCUACCUAAAUAUCGGAGAAUGCAAAGUUCUACCGAACGGCGAAAAGGGAUUCCUUGGACAGCAGAGGAACACAGGUUGUUUCUCCAGGGGUUGGCGAAAUAUGGAAAGGGUGAUUGGCGGGCUAUAUCGAGGAACUUUGUGUUAUCUAGAACUCCAACACAGGUGGCUAGCCAUGCCCAGAAGUUCUACACUCGAUUAAAUGACAAAAACAACCCGAAGAAGAGAAGAAGUAUUCAUGAUGUCACUAGUGCUGCUGACAUUACUGAACCUUCACAAGGACCUUGUGGAGGACAAUUACAGUGGCCAAUCACCAACUAUGUCACUGAUGCUUUCAACACAGGGAUGCUAUCUAUACCAGAGCCAGUCACAACCCGCAUAAGUACUGAUGCUAUUGAAGGAGCAUCAGCUGCUGACCUGGAGAAAAUCCCUAUUGGUGCUGCUGUAGGUAAUGAGUUGAAUAGUUCAUUUCCAGGCAUGGUUGAGUUCGUGCAAAGUAUAGAAGGCCAUAUCAUUGUACCAGCAGAGGGCACCUCUGGAGUGUGUCAUGGGGUUGACACUAAGACAUCUCCAUCGCAUAGCUUGCAGCCGUCAAUUGCUGGUGGCUCUGGAAUGUACAUUCCUUCAUUCAAUAAUGUUAGGUAUGAUUUGACAGCGCUAAUGAGCAAGCAGUUGUUUGGAUCCAGUCAAGUAGGUCCUACAGUUAACUCUGCAAGUUUGCCAUUACCAAUUGUUGAUCGUAUUGGAGUCCAGGAUUGUAUAGCUUCACCAUCCAUUCCUGGAAGUAGUAGCGGUGGAACUUAUCCCUGUUGGAAUCCUAGCAACAUUGAUGACAAUACCUUUGAUUUGGUAAACCUAUUCCCAGAUGGACUAGGCAAAUAAGAAUGUCAUUUAUAUGUUGCUGGUUUCACUAGAACGACCAAUGUUUUGAGAUGGUUAAUCCAAUGCAGCUCUGGGGCUUAUUACUUCGCGAACUCUCAUGCCAUUACUGGUUCAGUUGCAGCAUCUUCUGGUGGAUUAUCUAUCAUCGCGUCCCUUUAGAUGUCUCUAUUGGCAUAUUCAAUGCUGUAACGAUUUGAGUAUAUAGUGUAUGGAAUAUCAAACUUUUCUCAGUUUCUGUAUUCAGGGCUUUAGUAGUUUUGGAUCUGACAAAGAUGUCUCACAAAGUUGGGGUUGACAUUGUAUAUAUUAGUAAACUAACCUUAUUAAUGAUGUUUUGGAACUCUAAA